AUGAACUAUGCGAUCCUCCUCGCAACCAUUCUUGCUAUCUCAACAAUCCACCCAAUUCUUUCAAGUGCCCUUUCAAAUCCCAAUCCCAAUCCGAACUGUUCGCCAAAAAGCAACAAGACAAAAUAUGACGAUUCACUUUUUGUUUUCGUUAUAGAUCGAGUAUUUGAUCCCUUAAAGGUAAGUUGAGGAAUUUUAUUUAUCCAACCAAUUAUCUAACUUCAGAUUGCUUCCCUCAAAUACAUUUUCAAACAAUUUGCCUGCGACAUCCCGAUUUCCAACAACAUCAAAUCACAUAUUCUACACAUCGGAUCAGAUAGUAUCACAACACCAGUGAAAGAAGUAGAUCUUGUGAAUAAUGAUGGAAUCGUGAAAAAACUCGACUCAACGCUUGCUAAUCAAACAACUGGAGCUAAUGAUUUCUGUUCUCGCUUGAAUAUACAUAUCAAAUCAUUUGAAAACGAACCAAUUCUCAAAAAUCGCAAGAAUAUUCAAUACAUCAUGUUGCUCGAGGUCCCUCUUUGUAUAAAUGUGUCAAUUUUGAUGUUGCUUUGGACAAGAUUGUUAAUAAUAUUCUAUGAAUAUCGUAUUGAUUCGAAUUUAUUUGUGAUUAUGGAUGAAUAUGCCAUGCUGCCAAUAAAAACAACAGAUCCUGAAUCUCCACAGCUUCACUUAUUGACUGAGCGAAUGUGAGUUUCACGAAGGAUUUCUGAAGUGCUACAAGCCUGAGACUAGAUUUUUUGAAACGAUAGAAUUUAAAAAGAAAAGAAGUAUGACGAAUAUUCUUCGAUCUUACUGUCGAUUUUCGAAAACAUAGACAUGAUAUCAAAAUAAACUUUCAUUGAAAUUUUCUUUAACUUCAACAAUUCAUGAAACAUUUUCAGUGUCUCUCAAAGUCUUGCCAACAAGUCACCGGCUCCUACAGUUUCAAAAUCAGAAUCUCAAUUCUCAAUCAUAACUUUGAUCUUGAUCCCUCUUUUAAUUAUCUUAAUUGUACUUCUCGUCGUCUUUUCAAUCUGUGCUUUGUUGGAUUUGAAACGACGUCGCAAAAAGCUGAAGAAACGAAAAAACAAAUCGGCUAAAAGUAAGAAGAGUAGCGAUUCAAAGGACACAAAAACAACGUGUGGAACAACAACUGCAUCAGCUACUGGAACAACUUCUGGAACAAGGACUGCAACUACAACUGCAUCAGCUACUGGAAAAACUUCUGGAACAAGAACUGCAACUACAACUGCAUCAGCUACUGGAAAAACUUCUGGAACAAAGACUGCAACAACAACAUCCAAUUUUGCCAAAAAGAGGAAGGAGGCAAAAAAGAAAAACAAGAAGAAGAAAGAGAAGGGGAACGUUAAGGAUGCACAUGAAGGUGAAGAAAAUAAGCCAGAGAAGAAAAAAAAGCAGAGACCAAAGGAUGGUCGAUGGACACCUUCACAAAAGGAGAAGCACGCAAAAUAUAUGAAGAAUAAGGCAAAACAACAUGCGGAAGACACUAAGUCUGUGAAAUUCCCAGUUAAGAGAAAAAUCCACAUUCCGGCCAAUGUCACAGUUGAGGAUGUUAGUUUCUUGAUCGUUUUAUUCAUCGACUUAAACAUUUUCUGAUUUCAGCUUGCGCAAGAGGCUUCCACCAUGUAAAUUUAUAAAGCUCGAUAGAGUUUAUUUCGAUGAAUCCUUGAACGAAAGGCAUAUUAUAGGAACUGAAGUAGAUGACAUUGAAUUGGACAAGGAUACAAUAGAAGGUCAGAGUUCUGCUGUUACAAGCUCGGCUGCUGAUGAAGUAACAGCAAAAAAAUGA